CUACAGGGGGAUGAGGAGGGGAGAAAGGUGCUGCUCGCGGUUAGGGAUAGGUGGGUAGGUGGGGCUGGCUAGCUAGUUCAUUUCGGCUUGCACAGCAGCUUGACAUUGCCUUGUCUUUCGUCUCCUCUCUAUUCAGUCAUCCGGUUCUGCGGUUCGAGGAACAAGAGCCAGACAUAUUGCCCCUUAGUACUUCCCACCACGCCCCCAGCUCCUCCUCGCACCUCUCCUCAGAGCCCUAUCGCGACGUGUCUCCCUCCCCCUCUUCACCAAAGCAAGAUCACGCAGAGCUCUUCGAAUCUCAACAACGCAUGUUCGCCUCGCAGGACAAUCAGCUGGACACGCUCACACUGUCCAUUGGCAGACAGAGGGAUCUCAGUCUGAGGAUGAAUGAGGAACUGGAGUUGCAGGGAGAGCUAUUGGAGGAAUUGGAUGGGGAUGUGGAGCGGACGGGAUUGAGACUAGGAAGGGCAAGUGGACAAUUGGAGAGGGUGAGGAGGGGAGUGAACGAGCAUGGUGAGUGGGCCGGUGGGGGGAGAAGACGCAAAGGUGGACAAGCUGCCGUCGAGUGGCCACGAGCAUAAGCCUGACUGGCCAACCUUUCUCCAACUCUCUCUUCCCCUCACAGCCUCCCUCUGCUCUCUAUUCAUGCUCAUUGUUCUCCUCGUCACUUUGAUCAUCCUAUUCAAGUGAUCAGUAGACUUUUUCGCUCGUCGACAUGUACUAUAGUCGGAUGCUGAGAUAUCCCGUGCUUUCCAUGUAAUCUUACUUGUACGC